UUGAGCUGGGAGUGGGUCCAGAUCGUUGCCGGGGGGUCAGGGCGGCCCCGGAGAUCGAUGUUAAGGCGUAGUCGGGGCCCAAAUGUGGCGUGGAGACAGCGGCGGGGUCAGGGUGCUGGCGGGAGAAUGCUGGGGGUGGAGCCAGGAAGUUUUGUGUGAGGCAGCGGCGCGGCCACAGUGUUGGCGGGAACGCCCAGUGCUGCAUCCAGAUUCUGCAGGGGAAGUUUGGUGGGACCCCGGCCCCACCCAGCCAGCGAAAUGGCAGCCACGCUGGAUUUGAAAUCAAAGGAGGAGAAGGAUGCUGAAUUGGACAAGAGGAUUGAGGCUCUUAGGCGGAAGAAUGAAGCCCUCAUCCGGCGCUACCAGGAGAUUGAGGAGGAUCGUAAAAAAGCUGAACUCGAAGGAGUGGCGGUAACAGCUCCCCGGAAGGGCCGCUUGAUGGAGAAGGAGAAUGUGACAGUUGAGGAGAAGAGCCUGGGUUCUUCUCGGAGGUCUCCUGGGACCCCUCGGCUCCCAGGGGCCAGCAAGGGACACCGGACCCCCCCACAGCAGGGAGGCCGGGCAGGCAUGGGCCGGGCAUCCCGAAGCUGGGAGGACAGUCCUGGGGAGCAGCCUCGAGGAGGAGCUGGGGGUCGUGGCCGGAGGGGCCGGGGCCGGGGGUCCCCUCAUCUCUCUGGGGCUGGAGACGCUUCAACCUCCGACCGCAAAUCCAAGGAGUGGGAGGAGCGGCGCAGGCAGAACAUUGAGAAGAUGAACGAGGAGAUGGAGAAGAUCGCAGAGUACGAGCGCAACCAGCGGGAGGGGGUGCUGGAGCCGAAUCCGGUGCGGAACUUCUUGGAUGACCCCCGGCGGCGCAGUGGGCCCCUGGAGGAACCUGAGCGGGACCGCCGGGAGGGUAGCCGCAGGCACGGGCGCAACUGGGGGGGCCCUGACUUCGAGCGGGUGCGCUAUGGCCUUGAGCACGAGCGGCAGGGCCGCCGGGCUGCCCUGGGCGGUGCUGGUGACAUGACGCUGUCCAUGACGGGCCGGGAGCGGUCGGAGUACCUGCGCUGGAAGCAGGAGAGGGAGAAGAUUGACCAGGAGCGGCUGCAGAGACACCGCAAGCCCACUGGCCAGUGGCGGCGGGAGUGGGAUGCUGAGAAGACUGAUGGGAUGUUCAAGGAUGGCCCAACUGCUACGCAUGAAGUGUCCCACUGCUAUGAUGAACAGGCCUGGGCCCGGCCCCCCAAACCCUCCACUUUUGGGGAAUUCCUGUCCCAGCACAAAGCUCAGAUCAGCAGCCGCAGGAGGAGGAAGAGCAUCCGAUCCCAGGCCAAGGCAGCCUCCCAUGCCUACAGUGACCAUGAUGACCGCUGGGAGACAAAAGAAGAGGCAUUGUCUCCAGCCUCAGAGGCCCCACAGCCCACUUCCCCUGAGGAGACAUCCACACAGCCACCUGAGACUCCAGCCCCUGCCCACCGGCCUCCUGAGGAUGAGGGGGAAGAGAAUAAUGGAUUUAGCUUUUUCUCCCCAGAGGCCGGCCCCGAGGGCCAGGAGACAGCGGAGAUCACCGACUUCCAGAGGGUGCGUUUCUGCAAGGUGGUGGCGGCAGUACCGCCACCGGGGGCUGCCCGCUGACCGUGCCCACCGGACCGCGGCUUCCACGCUCUGCACUAACCUGUCACCUUGCUCCUCUGUUCUCUGCUUCUGCCGCACUCCAGCCAGGAGAGGGUUAAAUAUAAGGGGGGAGGAGCCGGGGUCAUUGCCCCGGGUGGGGCCUGGGCAACGGUCUGAAUUUUGUGAGAACUCGGUCCGGGCCCCACAAAUGGGGGACAUCGUGGGACCGGGAUGACUGAGACACCUCCAAGCUAGCCACCCGUGGAGGCUAUGGGUGGCUAGGUGCCAGUCCCCGGGCCGAAUUUCCUGCCUCCAGGAGUUUACAUGUGGGGUAUAGCAAAUAGCCGAUGACUCUUCCGAAGGACUCGACUGAUUCGGACGGGCGCCAGUCCCAUCUGUAUUAAACACAGUGCUUCCGCUAA